GCGAAUGUAAAAGAACGCAAAGUUAAUCUCGAAUAAGACAAAAAGCAUAUAUUUUGUACUUAUUUGGAGUAUUUUAUCAAAAAUUUAAAGGAAAAAAACGCUUCGGAAUCUUCUGAAAACCUCUACAAUUUAAUUAAUAAUGAUGAAAAUUUUUCAUAGUCCUUAGUUUUAUAUGUGAAGGAACUUGCAGUGCAUUUUAUUAAUGAAUCUGAUCCUUUAUAUAUAAAAUUUCUUUUAUAAAUUUCGGAAAUGGAAACAGUUUAGGACCUUAUUAAUCAUAUUAGGUCAAACUAGGAACCUUUGGAAAUCACUUUUAAAAUAAUUUCUUCAAGUAUUGAAACUUAAAUUAAUGUACAUUCUCUAUAAGGAAAUUAAAUAGUUGAAAAUUAAUAUAAAAUUAACUCUUUGUCGAAACCUAGUGGGGUUUCUAUUGAUUUAUUUAAAGGUUUUAGUGAAAGUUAAAGUAUUUAUGGUUUAUUUUAUACAUCUUAAGAAUGUUCAGGAUUUGAAGUUUAAAAAAACAUGAAAUAAAAAUCUAUUAAUAAUAAAUAAAUUCUUAAAAAAAAUAACUAAGUUGAUGACUUUAAAUAAAGAACUUCUUUUUUAAAAAAAUUAAUUAAAGCUUUUGAUGAAAAUACUGAAGAAUUAAUUUACAAAUUUAAUUAUUUUACUAAUGGUUAAAACGAGAAUAUAGAAGAAGAAGAAAAUAAUAAUGAAAAAAAUAUUAAUAUAUAAUAAAAUGAAAAAGGAUUUAAAGAAUAGAUUAACAAUUCUAAGUCUAGAACACUUAAUUUUUAUAGUAAUAUUUAAAAUUAAGAAAGGUCUAUAAAUUGGCUUGCUGAAAAUACAAAUCCUUAUAACAAUAAUUGA